ACUACUGGAGAUUGGUGCCCCUAGGCCCACCGUGAAUUCAAUGCCUAACACUGGAAUAGUUUUCUUACUAUAUGCGUUUAUAUACUUUACCGGCCUACUUUCUGGACUACAGGAUUGUCUCUUUACUCGACCUGGCCGCUUACAAUGGCAGCCUUGUGCAUGCAACGGAGUUCAAUGGGAGCUCAUUAUGGCAGUGGCUUCAGUGUUGAUAUUUAUGAGGAUCGUCCAGGUGAGAAAGAGUAGGAGAUACCUAUGUAAGUUAUUUUUAACAAUUUACCUCAGAUAUGAAGACAAGUGCAUUUGUAUAUUCCAUAACCCAAUACUUGUUUCAUUCUGUGACCAAGUGACUGAGAAAGACAUGGCUGAUAGAAUAUCCCAGCUGUUUGAGGAGAAGUGUAACACCCUGAUAGAGUUGUCUGAUAUGAAACGACUGUUAGAGGAAUACGAAACAAGGACUGAAAUGCAGUUAGCGAACCUUCAGGCAUCACAGCAGGAAUGUCAGGAACUGAAGAUGAGAUUGAAAAACCUUGAGAAUGACCGUGGUGCUGUCAAGGAACAUUACCGUGGGGAUUUCAUGGACACUAGUGUUACCAGCACUAAACCCACGAAUGUGAAGAAUGAAGAAAAAACCAAACGGGACAAUAAGAGGUGGAAUGCAGUCUUAAUCAGAUCAAAACGUCUGAAGGAGAAGAACAGCGUUUUAAAUUGUAAACUCCAGGAUGCCAAUGAAACAUAUGAGCAGACUCUUACAAAACUCUCUGAAGACCUGAAGAAGAUGGAGGAGUACCUUCAAUCACAACAACUAAAGACCUGUGCUGCUGAACAUGCGCUUGCUGUCGAGAAGCAGGAAGGGAAGAUACUCCGCCAGAUGAUAUUUGAACUGACCAACCCGGACAAGGACAUCUCCUGGAACAAGAAGCCCUAUGUGGUCCAAACCUCCCCCGUGAAUACCUUCAAGGCCGUGCCCUCCCAGGAUCUGUGUGGCCAACCAACCAAGACCAAGAACGCCUCCAACCACGACCAAGACCUGAUUGAGGUGUUAGCAACAGCCACCAGCCAACCUCUAACCUCUUCAGCGAACAAAACACCUGCCGCAGUGACAAAUGAGAAAACAGCUUUGAAGAAAGAGAAAGGCCGACGGCGGUAUUGCUUCCCGUUCAGGAGGUUGUUCCGGAUGAGCAAGUUUUUUCGGCAGUCUUCAAACAAAGAGCGGGUGGUCAAUGCCUGUCCUCCUGGAAAUCCUGAGGCGCUCCACCUGGUUGUCGACUCGCCUUAGUGGCUCUCUCUCGUAAACCUUCUAUAGACAGCUGAUGACAUUCUGCAACUGGAGCAUCAGACUGGACCAUUCCAUUUAAUACAAUAUGAAUUCUUGCAAAUCAUAAUGUUCUUCUGUCUCCUUUUUUCAAAUGAGUAUAGUUUUGUGGCAAUUGACGCAAUUGUGGCACUUUUUUAGACUGCAAUCUUUAAUAUUAUUCUGUCGUAAUGACAAGGCUGAUACGUUGGCCUGGCUAACUCUAUUAAUUACAUUGACACACAGAAUAAUAACAUUGUACAAAUCACAAGAACAUAACUGUGUUGCAGUAUCGUUUUUA